AUGCUCAUCAAAGAGUUUCGGGUGACACUUCCACUCACGGUCGAAGAGUACCAAAUUGGCCAACUGUUCAGUGUGGCCGAAGCAUCGAUGAACGAAACUGGCGGCGGGGAAGGCGUGGAAGUUCGUCGCAACGAGCCUUUCGACAACGUUCCGCUGCUCGGAGGAAAAUAUACUAAAGGACAAUACACCUACAAAGUUUACCAUUUGCAAUCGAAGGUCCCGGCGAUCAUUAGGAAAAUCGCCCCGAAAGGCUCUCUCGAACUCCACGAAGAGGCGUGGAACGCCUAUCCGUACUGCAAGACGGUUCUCACCAACCCGGACUAUAUGAAGCAGAAUUUUCUCAUUUCCAUCGAAACCAUGCACUGCCAAGACGAAGGCGACCAGGAGAACGUGCACGAACUCACUCCGGAACAGGUGAAGUCGCGCGAGAUCGUCCGAAUCGACAUUGCUGACAGUCCGUCGCUAUCGGGCGACUACAAGGAGUCCGAGGACCCUUCCAAGUUCAAGUCGACGAAAACGGGCCGCGGUCCCCUCGAGCCCGGUAAAUGGCAGAAAAACACGAAACCGAUUAUGACAGCCUAUAAACUAGUGCGCUGUGAGUUCAAAUGGUUCGGGCUCCAGACGCUCGUCGAGAGCAAUAUUCAGAAGACCGAGAAGCGCAUAUUUCACGUAUUCCAUCGCCAAUUGUUCUGCUGGAUCGACCGUUGGCACGGAAUGACGAUGAAGGACAUCAGGGCCCUCGAGGAGAAAGUCGCCAAAGAAUUAGAGGAGCAAAGAAAAGCCGGCCCUGUCAGGGGCGCGAAGUUUGACGAGUAA